GACCUCAAAACGGGCGGAGAUUUGACCAAAAAAUCAACCCACUGAGCCACUCGUACCGUUUCGAACGUUCUUUAUUUGAACUGCUAAAUUUCUUCUGACAAUAUUUACUUGACUUACAUAUAUUGUAAAAUCGAUGAUCACAGCGGAGCUGACUCUCAAGAGGCGGUAAACAGUCGUUGGCUAAGAAGAAAUUCCAAGAUCGUCCGAAGAAGUUGACUCCGAGACGUUGUGGUGCCGCCAGAGGUCUUGCUGGGACAGCUCAGCACCAGAGUCUAUAAUAACUAAUUAAAAUAUUCACCAAGCAAGUGUUCGUCGCGUCGAUUUCAGUAGGUGCCUGAGGACAUGGGACGCUUUUCUCAGACCUACCUAAAAGGUAUUUUCAGUGUUAAUUGCAACAUCAGUUUUAUCUGAAGAUACCACGGCAUGAAGAAAAUGCCAAGCGAACGUCGGUCUCCGCACUACCGUCGCCAGGCGAUUAGUAGCUAUUCGAAAAGUAGACCUAGAAGCACUUAAUGCGUCUACCAGCGCUCCGUACUUAGUUAUAGUCGUGUAUCUGAGUGUUUAGUGUGUAUCUGUAUCUGUAUUGCUUAAGAUCUUUGCCGAGAUGAUCAGAUUGGCGAUCUAUAAAAAAAUUGUUAUAACUCUUGUACUAGUAGCGAUUGCAGUAGUGCAUAAAGUGGAUUGUGGUCCGGAUCAUAGUGAUGUCGUGAUAGACGAGAAAGCACCAAGUGGUGAUGUAACCCGCAGUGGUGGUGGCUCGGAGGAGUCGAGACAAAUGACAGAGUUCUUUGCCAAAGAUGAUGUCCGGAAGUUGCUGAUAACUCUGCGUACCUUUCUGAUGGGGGUGCGGAAUUUCGCUGAGGCUCUGGGAGGAUUUGUUCCAAGUAACCAGCAUAUGAUCAGUGAGAAAAAUGCCGCGAUAUCAAAGUAUGGUGGCAUAUUCAAUACUGUUAGGAUAGUGUCGAAUGCAGCUCAGUAUGUUGCCAAAUUUCUAGAAGACCUUCUUGUGAGAGAGAUCGAGGAUAGUAGUGACGCGAGGCAAACGUCAACAUCCUCUGAAGUACUUGAAUCAACAUUCAGAGUAAUGCGGAGCAUGGCCGCAGCAGCUAUCAAUGCGUACAACUACUAUAGUCCCGAAAUAGCCUAUACGAGAUGUGUAACCGACUAUAUGCAACGUAAAUAUCCUGAUGUACUCCCACAAGUCAACCUCUCAAACACGGUUCGUGCGCUGAGUUCUACUUACCAGCUGGCCUCAACUUACUUCAACGCCUUACUGACGGAUCGAGGUCUACGAAAUCCCUUAGCCGCACUAUCAAACAUUCAAAUAUUCGAUGACAACAGCUUGAACAAUGAAGUCCUUGGAAACGUCCGACAGCUGGGAGCGUGGUUUAAUCGACAACGAUUGCUUCCUUCCCAGAAACAAGGACUCUCCUAUAAGGAUCUGCAGAAAAGAACUAGUCGUCUCCCGAAUAAAAGGAACAGGGACACGAUUUCAUAUGGAGGACCAAGACAAUUGGGAGGGUUGGAUUCCACCGGCUUCAAUCAGUUCACCACGCCUAGUUCUAUAUUUAACUUUGACGAUGCAGUGGCAGAGCAGUUGGGAAUGCAACGACCUAACGUGACUGGAACCAGCACUGAAGAAAUGCCAACAUUCACUAGAUGCACUCAAAAUUAUUCAUUACAAGUCCUUUGGAGGUUUGUUCAGGGCAUGAUUUUGAGUGAGGAUUGGCAGCUGAAAUGGAAGGAUGGUCUUUUUAGUUUUUUGAAGUGAUGGCUUUAUGUUAAAGUUAAUAUAGUGUGUAAACGUUGUAAUUUAAGACAAUAUUUAUUGAGUCAGAAUAUAUAUAUAAAUAUAUAGUA